GUUCCAGCGCGUGCGCUUCGUAUUCAUUACUGUUUUUGCUUGUCUGCGCGAUUGUCGCAAAUUUUCUUGCUGCCGAAUACCUUUGUUUGGCUUGAACUUUCGUAAUAAUGUCGAUCGGAGUUCCUAUUAAAGUCCUUCACGAGGCGGAAGGCCACAUUAUCACAUGUGAAACAGCAUCAGGUGAAAUAUAUCGUGGAAAACUCAUCGAAGCUGAAGACAAUAUGAAUAGUCAAAUGAGUGAUGUAACAGUGACCUACAGAGAUGGAAGAACGGCUCAACUUCAAAAUAUUUACGUCCGUGGAAGCCAGGUCAGGUUUAUGAUUUUGCCUGACAUGUUGAAGAAUGCUCCCAUGUUGAAACAGCAACGUGGUGGUAGUGCUGGUAGAGGAAAAGCUGCUAUUUUGAAAGCCCAAGUGCGGGGCAGAGGAAGAGGUGGUUUUAGUCGAGGAGGCGGAGGGGGAUUCAGAGGCCGCGGUGGAUUUGAUUCUGCAAGCUUCAGAGGUCGUCAUUAGGAUUAUGAAUGGACCAGUCACUUUGAAAUCAUUGGAUCCUACUUCAGUACUUGUUCAACAAGUGACUUUUGAACUUAAACAUCGACACAUGUCUCUCACUACUGCAGUUCAUAAUUUUUUAUCUGGACUGUUCUGAAUGAAACAAACAUUAGCAUGUUUGGGAAUUCUUGCUGAAUUUAAGCCUUUUUCUGGCUUUUCCAAACCUUAAUUUCGUAAACAUAUUACGGUACUUUUCUCAUCCGUGACAUCCUGGUCUAACUAUACAGCUAUAGAUCAGUUUUCCUAAAAACAAUGAUCAAUCAUGGAUACCUUUAAACUACUGUUAAUUGGUGAUUACUCUCUUACAUACUGAAAAUGAGGUGAAAUUUAUCAUAUGCCUGAGGUGCAAUUUGUAAAUCUAGUUCAUGCUUUGUGAACAUCCUAUGCGACUGCUGGUUAUCACAGUAGACAAUUGUUUUAAAAGUGUUCUUUUGGCAAAUAUUCGAUCGUACAUCAAUUUUGUAUCUAGUCUAUGUACCUUGCUAGUCUGGCUGUAGAAUAUUUCAGCCACUGUUGCUUGUCUGAUUUUUAAUGGCAACAUUGAUCACUAUACUUUACAUUCUUGAAUUGAUAGCAUGUAAUUAGCAACGCAAGCUAUUCAAUACAUAGUUUUUAGUCCGCGUGGUCAAAUUUGAAUUGUUUCUACUGUUGGUUUGACUUCAUGGACUAAUUGUAAUAUUGCGUAUAAUUUUUUAUGUACAAAUCUGGCCUACAGGUUGUAAAAAAAGAUUUGUGAUUUAUCCACAGUGAACAAUAGCCUGUUUAAAGCUACGCUGCCCUUGACUGGUUGCAGCUUAGCAAUGUUUCAUUCACUUCAAAUUUGUUUAUUAUGAUAUUGGAAAGUAUUUUUGAGUAUGGGAUAGAUUGGCAUAUUGAAUAUUUAUAUCAUGAAUCGAAUCCAUUUUAUCAUCCUAGUCUCUUCAUCCAUUUUUACACUUUUGCUGCUCUGAUUAUAUUUCUGUUUUUACACAUUUUUUUUGAGAUAUUGUUAUUUGUAAAGAAAGGCGUUGUGUGUUGGGUGUUCUAAAUUUAUGGUUAAGAUUUUGUAGCCAAUGAAGUUCAUACUGAAUAUGGUGAUAUGUGUUUUUGAAGCAUAGUGAAUUUCAUUACGGUUAAGAGUCGCAAGACCCACCGACUGAAGCAAUAUGUAAAACCGGGGCAUUUUUUCGUAGCUUGAAACCCACGUUUUCCGGCCCCUGUUCAGACGCCCUAGCUGCUACUGUCCAACUUGGCAAUUAUAAAUCUCAGCCCCCACCUCUCUUUGAAAAUUUCUGGCUACGCCCCUGAUGUACAAUUCAAGUGAAAAGACUUAUUGGUCCUAGGAUAUGGUUAACAUGAUUUUGACAAAUUCA